AAAAUUGCUAAAGCAUUAAUAGGGGAAGGAGAAAUAAAUCUGCAAAGAAAUGAGGAAACAAAUAAUAUUAUCUCAAGUGGCAUUAUUAGUGUCUUUCCCCAGCUUUACGUCACGACUGCUUGUCUUGAAAGCUGAUGCCUGCCUCCCGAUUUUGUGCGACCUGUUUUUGGAUUGGUGGCUCUGUUUUGCCAAUCACGGGAAGCACCGUCGCCUAUGGUCCCGCUUCCAUAUUGUACCACCUUUUCUUGCCUCUUGCUGAUCUUCUAAUACUUUGAUCUAAUUGGACCCAGAGCGUGUUCGUCAUACCGUAAUCCAAUCAGAAUCCACAUUUGUCACUCCGAGGACGCCCCUGCCUUCUUCCGAGCCGAGGAAGGGAGCACGUGAUAGGCAGACUUGUGGGAGUGCGGAAGCAGAAGGAGUAGCUACUGGUGUGGAAAAGGGUAUGCAUGUAACGGGUGGGAAAGCCGAGCGGCCGCUGUUGCCGUUGUGAUGAGGAGUGACUGAUUGCAGACAUCUGGCAUUGGGGGGAGAAAGCACAGGGUGGUUUGGUCCAGUUUAGCAGGAGGGUGACUUGAAGCAAAUGUCAAGCCAGGCACCACAGCGACCGGAGGGAGAUAGGGUGGACCUGUGGGAUGAAGAGGAACUGAGCAGAAAGAUUAAAGAGCAAAAUGUUGUACUUGAUGAACUUUCCAAGUUGAAGAAGAACCGGAAGGUUUACAGGCAGCAGCCCAACAGCAACAUUUUCUUUCUAGCAGACAGGAUCCAAAUGUUAUCUGACUGCAAAAACUCACUAGAUGAAUUGAAGAAGGCACGUGAGGAAAUGGAGAAUGCAGAGAAAGCCAAAAUCAAGAAAUAGCUUACUCAAAUAUUAGUUUGCAAUGUGUGGCAUUUGCUGUGUGGUCAGUUUGUCUGCUCAUCCCACUGAAGGUUGUCUCUUGAAAGAGAAUAUCCUGUGUAAUCUUAAAAGAAGAGGCCCUAACAGCAGCCAACAGUUAGUAAAAACUUUGCUCCAUCCUUCAUACCAAUGCUUAUUUUCUGGCCACGUACUUCACUUAAGAGGGCCAAUGACUCCACAGCCUGUGGAAGAUCCUGUGAGUGGGAAUGUGCUUCUCUGGAAUGGAGAAAUCUUCAAUGGAAUUCCUUUAGAGUCUGAAGAGAAUGACACGCAAGUUAUUUUUCACCAGCUUUGCUCAAGCAGUAAUGAAUCAGACAUUUUGUCAGUGCUAUCUUCUGUUCGGGGUCCAUGGUCUUUUAUUUUUUAUCAGGCAUCCAGACACUACUUGUGGUUUGGUAGGGACUAUUUUGGUCGUCGCAGUUUACUGUGGCAAUUUAAUAAGGAGCUCAACAAGGUUCUCGUUCUUUCUUCUGUAAGUGCUGUUUCUGAAACUGAUAAUCAAUGGCAUGAAGUGCCGGCAUCUGGAAUUUUCAAAAUUGAUCUCCGGGUUUGUGCUACAUCUGAAGCUGUGACUUUAACAUUGCAUCCUUGGAAAUGUUCUUCUAGAGAGAAUGCAUUUGAAGAAGUCCUAAAUCGGAUUUCAAAAGAUUUGCCAACUUAUGUGUCGCUUGAAGUGAAUGAAUCCCACUCAUUGGAAGCACCCGUAGUUCCUUUAAAUGAGGAGAUCCCUGAAGUGCCAGAGAAGUCCCACUCCUUUGUUUUUACCAAUGGUGUACCUGCUGUUGAAGAUCUUCAGAUAUUUCUCACAGAACACUGCAAAAAGGAAUUAGUUCACCAGUUUAUUGAUGUCUUGAGUACAGCAGUAAAGAGGCGAAUAUUAUGUCUGGUUAGAGAUGCUGAUGAACUAAAAGAAGAGGUGGCAGCUUUGCAGAAACCCUGUGUUGCAAUACUUUUUUCUGGUGGCAUUGAUUCCAUUCUUUUGGCUACUCUUGCUGAUAGACAUGUGCCUCUGGAAGAACCCAUUGAUCUUCUCAAUGUGGCUUUCCAGAUUACAGACAAAGCUAGACAAAAUAGUUCCACUAGGAAAUUCAGCAAAGAGAAGAAAAUAUUGCCACCUACUCAGAAAUGUUUUAGUGACACUGAUAUGUCUCUGUCAUGCUUUGAUGUGCCUGACAGAAUCACAGGCAGGGCAGGAUUGGAAGAACUAAAAACAAUUAAUCCUUCAAGAUCUUGGAAUUUUGUGGAAAUCAAUGUUACACUUGAGGAUUUAAAAGCAAUGAGACAGCAACGCAUACGCCACUUAGUUUAUCCACUGGACACUGUAUUGGAUGAUAGUAUUGGUUGUGCUGUGUGGUUUGCUUCCAGAGGAGAAGGUCUGAUUACCAACCAGGGAGACAGAAGACACUAUCAAAGUCCAGCUAAAGUCAUACUUACAGGAAUCGGAGCAGAUGAGCAGCUUGGGGGCUAUUCCAGACACCGCAUUUGCUUUAAGAAAUAUGGUUUAAAGUGUUUGAUUGAAGAACUAAGAAUGGAACUGGGCCGUAUUUCUUCUAGAAAUCUUGGCCGAGAUGAUAGAGUUAUUGGAGAUCAUGGCAAAGAAGCUAGAUUUCCAUUUCUUGAUGAAGAGGUGGUAUCUUUUCUGAAUUCUCUUCCUGUCUGGGCAAAAGCAGACUUGACUUUACCUCGAGGCCUUGGGGAGAAAUUGCUUCUGCGCCUGGCAGCUGCCGAACUUGGCCUGACAGCCUCUUCUGUUCUGCCAAAGAGGGCCAUGCAGUUUGGUUCCAGGAUUGCAAAAAUGGAGAACAGCAAUGAAAAAGCAUCUGACAAAUGCACAAGGCUCCAGUUAGUUUCAUAGAGUAGCUCUAUACAGGGUUCAAGACUGCCUUUUAAAUGUUAAUUUCCCAAUGGACACAAUCCAAGAAAUUUUAGUUACAAUUAAGUUUGGGGUUCUGUGCACUUGGUGAGGAGUAAAUCCCAUUGGGAUCAGUGGGGCUUUCUUUUGAAUAAGCCUUUAUAGGAUUCGAUUGCAGUACCUCAGUAACAGCAAGGGAGAUAGAAGCUGGUUACAGUUUCCAUUAAUCUUAGUAGGAUUAAGUCAUGGCAAACCAGCUGGAUUAGUAUCUUCUGCAAGAUGUGUCAUUGAAAUGAAAUUGAAUAGAGGGGGUUAUGUCUCAUAAUUUGUCUAUUCUUAACAUGUAAUUUACAUUUUUAUUUUAAAUAAAGGACUAUUAAAUUGA